AUGCCUCCCAAAUCUGCCAAGGGAAAGGAAAAGGAAAUUGAUCCUGAUCUGACUGAAACGGACCCUGAUCUCACCGAGACUGACCCUGACUUGACUCAGUCUGACCCUGAUCUGAUUGACGCUGAUGACGAUGCAGCAGGCGAUGAGCAACAAGCUGGCCCAUCGAGCGUCUUUUAUUGCAACAAAUGUGGCGAUCACUUGGAUGGUCGCAUUGGGCCACUUUGCUUGAACUGCGAAGGUAGUGAAACCCUAGAGUCCUGGCAAGCCCAAGACCACCGCCUCCGCGACAACGAAGCAUACGAGAGAGCAAAGGAAGCAGGACUUUGCUGCUAUUGCCGCAAGAGACAAGCUGAUCCGGGACAUUCGUCUUGCACGCCAUGCAGGCUAAGGAAGAAGGAACACGACCAUGCCAGAAGAAGAAAAGCGAAGGAGAAGAAGAAUGAAGAGAAGGAGAAGAGUGAGGAGAAGAAUAAGGGUAAGGAAGAGAAGAAGACUAAUGAGAAGGAGAAGAGCAAGGAGAAGAAGAAGAAUAAGAAAUGGUGGAGGAUCUAG